CUCGCCUUCAUCCGCCGCCAUUUUAGGAGCGAGAGGCGAGCGCGGCGUCGUCGUCUGAGGAGAAAGAAAGAAGGAAGGAAGGAAGGAAGGCAGGCUCCCUCCCUCGCUCGGAGCCCAGAGGCCGAGGAAGGAAGAAGGGAAAUGAGGAUUCUAUGGAGCCACGUCUUGGGUGCCGUAAGGAAAGAAAUAAUAUAGGAAGAAGAAAUCCUCCCAAGGUGAAGAUCUUGCUGAAUUCCUGAACUCACAGAUAAAAAAGGAAAAAAGAAGAAUCGAGUAUCUGUAUUCUAAUGAAACACCGAUAUCACAGUGGACGUGAAGGAGAAAGCAUCCAAAUACCUGGAGUGUGGAAAGAGUGAGUUGCACUCAGAGAUGGUCUGCAGCGACAUGAAAGGACACACACUGCGGAGAAGCCCUAUGAAUUCCUGGAGUGUGGAAAGAGCUUUGCGCAGAGUGUAGAUCUAUGUUCACAUCAGAAGACUCACACUGCGGAGAAACCUUAUACACGCAUGGAGUGUGGAAAGGGCUUUAGUUGCAGUUCAAAACUAUGUUUGCACCAAAAGAAACACACUGGAGAGAAACCCUAUAAAUGCCUGGAAUGUGGAAUGAACUUUACUCAGAGUUCAAAUCUACGUUUGCAUCAACGAACUCACACUGGAGAGAAACCCUAUACAUGCCUGGAGUGUGGAAAGAGAUUCACUUCUAGUGGAAGUCUAUGUAAACAUCAAAGGACUCACACUGGGGAGAAACCAUAUACAUGCCUGGAGUGUGGAAAGAGUUUUGCUUGGAGAGGAAAUCUAGAUGUACAUCAAAGGACUCACACUGGGGAGAAACCCUAUACAUGCCUGGAGUGUGGACAAAGCUUCACUGAGAAUGGAAGUCUACGUAAACAUCAAAGGACUCACACUGGGGAGAAACCCUAUACAUGCCUGGAGUGUGGAAAGAGCUUUGCUUCGAGUGGAAAUCUAGAUGUACAUCAAAGGACUCACACUGGGGAGAAACCCUAUACAUGCCUGGAGUGUGGACAGAGCUUCACUGAGAGAGGAAGCCUACGUAAACAUCAGCGGACUCACACUGGGGAGAAACCCUAUUCAUGCCUGAAGUGUGGAAAGUGCUUCACUGGGAGUGGAAGUCUACAUUCACAUCAAAGGAUUCACACUGGGGAGAAACCCUUUACGUGCCUGGAGUGUGGAAAGAGCUUUGCUCAGAGUGGAACUCUACGUUCACAUCAAAGGAUUCACACUGGGGAGAAACCCUAUACAUGCCUGGAGUGUGGACAGAGCUUCACUAAGAGUGGAACUCUACGUUCACAUCAAAGGACUCACACUGGGGAGAAACCCUAUACAUGCCUGGAGUGUGGAGAGAGCUUCACUGAGAAUGGAAGUCUGCGUAAACAUCAAAAAAUUCACACUGGGGAAAAACCCUAUACAUGCCUGGAGUGUGGAAAGAGCUUUGCUUGGAGAGGAAAUCUAGAUGUACAUCAAAGGACUCACACUGGGGAGAAACCCUAUUCAUGCCUGGAGUGUGGAAAGUGCUUCACUGAGAGUGGAAGUCUACAUUCACAUCAAAGGUUUCACACUGGGGAGAAACCCUAUACGUGCCUGGAGUGUGGAAAGUGCUUCACUGAGAGUGGAAGUCUACAUUCACAUCAAAGGACUCACACUGGGGAGAAACCCUAUUCAUGCCUGGAGUGUGGAAAGUGCUUUGCUCAGAGUGGAAGUCUACGUUCACAUGAAAGGACUCACACUGGGGAGAAACCCUAUACAUGUCUGGAGUGUGGACAGAGCUUCACUAAGAGUGGAAGUCUACGUUCACAUGAAAGGACUCACACUGGGGAGAAACCCUAUACAUGCCUUGAGUGUGGACAGAGCUUCACUGAGAAUGGAAGUCUGCGUAAACAUCAAAAGAUUCACACUGGGGAGAAACCCUAUACAUGCCUGGAGUGUGGAAAGAGCUUUAAUCAGAGAGGAAGUCUAGAUGUACAUCAAAGGACUCACACUGGGGAGAAACCCUAUUCAUGCCUGGAGUGUGGAAAGAGCUUCACUGAGAGUGGAAGUCUACGUUCACAUCAAAGGACUCACACUGGGGAGAAACCAUAUACAUGCCUGGAGUGUGGAAAGGACUUUACCCAGAGUUCAAGUCUACGUUCACAUCAAAGGAUUCACAGUGGGGAGAAACCCUAUGCUUAGAGUGUGGAAAUAGCUUUACUCAGAGUUCAAAUCUACGUUCGCAUCAAAAGACUCACACCGGGGAGAAACCUUAUAAACGCAUGCCGUGUGAAUAGAAUCUCUCUGAGAU